AAAGAAAAACAACAACUCAAUAAUAGUCAGAUAGGUGGAUUUAAAGUUAAUUCAUUUAAUAUACUAGAAGAUGAGGGUGGUCAUUUUUGUCUCGAUUAUGUUGCUGUUUAACAUGGCGAAAGGUUUACCACAGCAAGAUGAACAUCUUCAUUUAUACGAACCGGCUCGCCUACUAGAUGGACACCAAAAGCCAUACAAUGUAAAAACCCAAAAAGUAACUAAAAGUGGUGUAACUCUCCGAAGUAAUUUCUGGGAUACUGCUGGUGUGGGUAUCGAUAAUAUUGCUAUGGUAAUUACUCCAAAUUGGCGAACGCUAACAACGAUUACAACGGUGAUAACGACGCCGACGCCUAGUACAGUGACGGACUCAGACAAAGCUUUUGCAUUCCAUGCUUUAAACGUGCCGCUUAUCCUAGAUUGGCGAACUGAAUUGAAUCCAAUGUUUCCACCGACUACAACGACUACAAACCCUCCAAUGGAGUUAUAACGUCUCUACCGCGUAUAUCGUAUCGUUGAUUGAUGUAUUGGGCCAUAAUAUUAAUAUUUCAAUCAACGGUCAUUACGUUACAGAUUAACUAAUACAAAAAGGCCGACCAAUAUACCUGCUGUUACUUUUUGCAUAAAGGAUCAGGCAACACUCCUUAUGGAAAAGUGGUCCCGGUCAAAUUUGAUGAAAGUUUGGUCAAUGAUACUUCUUGAUGUGUAGAUUAAAAAAGUCCAUAGCACCUCGGUCUGAAUAACUACUAUUCUCGAGUUACAGACUUCUGAAGGUAUUGGAUUCGAGUGCUCGAUUUACGUUAAGUGCACUAAUUUACGGUCAAGUGAACGAAAAUAUUUAUUAUUAGAAGAAGAGAAACUCAUGUUCUUCAUACAUACUUGCGUGUUGUAUAUGAAUUCGUGGUCAAAAAUAGUUGGAUCGUAUUUUAGUCUUCAGAAAACCUCCGAAAAAUCUUCAGAAAACUAAAGAAGUGCGGUAUAAAAGGUGCUGCUGGAUCGAUAUAAGCAUUAUCAUGUUUUCAUGAAUUUUUCUUAGUUAUGGAAUACCAGCAAAACUACAGUUCCGCCUUAUCUUUAGAAAACUACUGAACAGUGGCGGAUCUAGGGGGAUCCGGGUAAUUCCACUCGUAACAUGUUCCAGAAUAAUUAAAGAAAAAAUUGUUGAAACAUAAAAAAUACAUUAGUUGACCUGAAAUUUGUGCCGCAUAUCAGAUAUAAGACAUGUAGAGAACAUGGACUUGAUUUCAGUACAAAAAAAAACAAAGUAAAUGGUAGUUUGUAAAUGCUAAAUAUUAAUUACAAUUUCUUAUGGAAAAAUCGGGUUUAAAUCAUCUUCGACUAUUCGUAUGUUAACAUUUUGCUAAUUUCGGUUAGAUGCAUCAUACGUCGUGUUAACUAACGACCUAUCAGGAAACUUAACAUUGGGUUGAUGUCAUGCAAAGCCUAAAAACCAUAACACACUGGUGAUAUGAGCACAAGUACCUACAGUUCUCGCACCAGAUUGACAGGUACAGUAGUACCCGUUAAUCGGUUCUUCUACAGGCUCAUCUUCAUCAUUAUCUUCAUCAACCGUAUAGGAAAUGAAUACUUGGUGUUUUGUAGUUUGCCGAAACCGAGAAAAUAUUCGAACUCUUAUGAAUCCCGGUUCAUCCAUAUUCUCAUCAAUUUAAAACUCUUCGUCAUUUUUUCUUAUUAUUUUAUCUUGUAUGUAAGAUGGUACCAGUUUAAUUUGAUAUAUCCCAAUCGUAAGGUCUUUUAGGUAGUAUAAGUAAAAACAGGAAAGUUAGCAAAAUCAUGAUUAUGAAGCCUUCUCCAUUGACCAUUUCUUCUAUAUGAUUAUACCUAAGUAUGAAUAUUAUAGUUGUUAUAAAAAUAACCCCACAAAAUUAUUCUCCAUAAUAUUUUGUAUUAAAAAGCUCAUCAUCAUUGGCUGUAGAACCCCUGGUGGACCUCGGUCUGUUCGAGAAUCAACUUCCAUUCCAUUCUAUCCUCCGCCUUGGUUUUCCAAUUUCGUACUCUUAACACCCGUAACUCAUCUUCUCUGGUCCUUAAAUCAUACUCUGAGCCAUGGGCACCCAUACCCAUGGGCAGGGGGGCCGUGACCCCCUGGAUUUUCGGGUGCUUUGAAUAUAUAUGGUUAUUCAAAGUAUACAAAAUAUAAUGUGCAACAUCUUCACGUUUGCCACCCCCCAGAAAUUUUUAUAUGGGCGCCCUCGCUCUGGGCUUACGUCUUUUCGUCAUACUAUCCGCUAUUUGGUUAUAAAUGUGUUUUGAUGGCUCCAUCUCGUUCAUUUUCGUUAAAUAAAGUUAUUUCAUUAAUUCUGGAACAUGUUACCCGUGGAAUUACCCCUAUCCCCCCUAGAUCCGCCACUGUUCAUUAGUUUUCUAAAGAUAAAGCCGAACUGCAGUUUUGCUGGUAUUGCAUAACUGAGAAGCAUUCAUGAAAACAUGAUAAUGUUUAUAUUCUUCUUUAGUUUUCUGAAGACUUUUCGGAGGUUUUCUGAAGAUUAAAAUACGAUCCAACUAUUUUUGAUCACAAACUCAUAUACUCUGGGCUAAUUAGCAAAAUACAAGGAAAAGUUAUUUACCAUAAAUUUUAUUGCUGGAAUCGAAUCUUAUUAUUGUAUGUAUUAAUAAUAUAGUUAUGCAAAGUCCGCAGAUAGUGUGCUACUUUUUUUAUAAACAAAAUGGCGCCCGAAAAUCGUGUUUUUCUCAAUUUUUGCUCUAUAACUCCAAAGAUUUUAACUUUACAGCAAAAACAAUUCAAUAACAAAUAACAAUUCACCGUAAUUAAAUUCUGCAUGGAGACGUGUUCUUUUCUGAUUCACUUCGACGAAAACUUUCCCCGGAAAAAGCGGAUUUUUCCAACAAAAUCUUUAAUUUUCAACUAAAAUUUUAGAUAAGUAAUUGUAAAUCAAUAAUUAAAUAACUUGGUAAUGUAAAAGCCAUUUUCGUAUAGAUUAUAAUUCCAUAAGCCAAUGGAAAUUAAAUGGACAGUUUAGCAACAAUUGAAUUGUUAAUUAAAAAUUUACGGUCGCUAUAAUAACGACAAUAAUUAUGAUGCAUAAGAAUAAAUAUGAUUUUUUCAUAAAAAGAUACUAUACCUAUCUAUAGGCUAUUGAUUAUGUACUAUAGAAAGGAACUACAACGUUAACGGGGUUUUAUUAUUUCAUAUGGUCAAUGAAUCUCUAUAUAUGAAAAACCGCGGAGUGCUACCAUUUAAAGGGGUGCGUUUUUGAGAAAUGGGUGAAUUAGUCCCUGGGCACAGGUUACAUUAGCGUGAGUUCUAUGCACUUUUGGUACAAACACGUCUACAUAAAAAUUGUUUCUGGUUAAAUUUUCUAUCUAAAUAUAACUUUUUAAAGUCAAUGAUACUUUUUUUUACAAAAAUAUAUUCAAAAGAAAAAGCACAAAGAAACCCAAAAGUAAGAAAUUUUGUUUUUUGUCCCAUAAUUUUGUCCACGGGGAUAUAGGUAAAGACAUUGCUUUACAGAAAAAAAAACCUACAUAUUUUCUCUUUAAAAUGAUGUUUGGUAGAGGUCAUUAGGAUUUACAGUUUUCAAAAUAUGAUUUUUCAAAAUUCGCCACUCACAUCAAUUUUGGGCAAUUUUCCUUGUUAUUUCGCAAAUAUUGUUCUGUAACUUUUUUCUACGUAACUUUAGGUAUAUGCAAUGGUUAAGAGGAAUAGAAAUCAAUUACCUUUAAAACGGUCUACUGUAUAAUGUUGUACGACUUCUUUUAAAAGUUAUCUUUUUCAAGACUUUAUACUUUUAACGAGUUUUUAUAUUUUUUACGAUUAUUUUUUAAUUUCUUAUUAUAACUUUAUUUUUCUAUAUGGUAUAUAUUAUAUAAUAAAAAGGAAAGCCUAUUCUGUUUACUUUAAAAUGGUGUAUUAUAAAAAAUUCUAGGGUUAUUUUUGAAUAAGAUAUGAUUUUUCAAAUUGUAAUAAGUACAUGCAGCGAUUUUUGAUCUUAGGAUUAUUUUUUAAAUUCCUCAUUAUAACUUUUUUAUGUGAUUGUGUGUUAUGAUUGAAUCUUAUUUUUUAUAGGUAAUAGUUUGGAUCCACUUGACUCGGCCGGGCAAACUUCAAAAUAUGGAUUAAUUCCAAUAUUUACUGUCAAAGCUCCUGCAUCACAAGCUUUGCUUGAAAAAAUAGCAUAUAAAUGUACCAAAGGAUGUACAAAAAACUGCGGUUGUAGGAAGAUAGGAAUUAGUUGUUCAAUAUUCUGCAAAGGGUGCAUGUGCAUGAGUACUAAUUGUGGGAACUCUACGAUAACUGGGGUGUCAGAGAAAGAUAUUGAAGCUAAUGCUAACGAAGAGAUGGACUUUCAUUUUGAAAAUUUUUUAAAUGUCAACGAUUAAAUAAUUUUAACUAAAGUGAUGUUUUCUAAGACUAAUGUUUAUAUAAUUUUUGUAAAAGAAAUUAUUUUCAAUAAUACAGGUAAAAAAAUAUCAAAGAAUCACUCGGUUUCCAUUACAUAUAUUUAAAUAUAGAUGAUAAACCAUUUUAAAGAACAGAAAGUAAGCCCUCUUUAUUGAGCAACAUAUUCAUGUACAAGAAAAAAAAAGUUAUAAUGAGAAUUUCAAAAAUAAUUUUAAAAAAUGUAAAAAAUAAUAUUUUUUUUAUAUUAGGUAUUAUAUAAUAUAUAAUAUAAUAUUAUAUUAUAUAUACUAUAUAUAAUAUAAUAUUAUAUAAUAUAUAACAUAUUAUAUAAUAAUUAUUAUUUUAAUUAAUAAUCAUUUUAUUUUUAUAUUAUAUUAUAAAAAAUCGUUAAAAGUAUAAAACUUUGAAAAACCAUAAUCUC